AGCCUGGACCACACAGUGAGUGAAGCAUUAACCUUACUGUUCUCCACUAAAUUUCCAGGCUGAGGUUUUUCUAUUUUGCUCGGGGAUGACAGAGUGUCAGUACUCCAGACUGAUGGACGGAUAAGUUACGGGUGAAAGGGCGAGGUCUGGAAAGAAGGGAUGCUUUCGGAGUCGCUCUCAGUGCCUAGGACUCCGGAGGUCUGAGACCCUUGGGUGCUGCGGAGGCUCCUCCCCCGACGAGCUUCGGAAGCUCCGCCCACGGCGUGCGGCGCUAACGAGGCGUGCCCCGGGGCGAUCCGGACCAGCCUGGCGGGGCGGGGCGGGGCAGGGCGGAGUCGACACUCGGGCCAGGGUUCGGCUCACCUCAUCCACCAGGGACGGAAGUGCACUCCCCCCGGCACCACGGACUAGCGGGCCGGGCCUCGCCCCAGCGGGCGAUCAGGCCUUGGGGAGCUCCUGCGCCGGAGGCAUCAUGAAGCGUGCAGGAACUCUGCGCCUGCUUUCGGAUUUGAGCAACUUUACCGGCGCCGCCCGGCUGCGAGAGUUGUUGGCCGGGGACCCAGAUGUCCUAGUCCGCUGCAGCCCGGAUGGCCGCCACCUGCUGCUGUUAAGACCCCCCGGGUCGCCUGCCCCGCAACUUCUCGUGGCUGUGCGUGGGCCGGGCCUGGCGCUCGAGCGUGCCUGGCCGGAGGGCCAGCCCUCGCCGCUGGACGCCUUCUUCGUUCCGUGGCUGGCGCGACCCGCGCUGAUCUUGGUGUGGCAGAGUGGCCUAGCAGAGGUGUGGGGCGCGGGGAUGGAGCCUGGCUGGAAGCUCCUCCAGAGCACUGAGCUGUGUCCGGAUGGUGGAGCCCGCUUGGUGGCCGUGGCAGCAACUCGAGGCCGCCUAGUUUGGUGUGAGGAGCGUCAGCUUGGCGUUGAGGACCAGCCAGAGCAGCUUUCAAUGGCUUUCAGCCACUGUGUGUGCGUCAAGACCCUGGAGACCAGCGGGGAGGCUGGCACCAAACUAGGCCGCACACACAUCCUGCUGCACCACUGCCCCCCUUUGGGACUGAUAGCCUCCCGCAAGGACCUCUUCCUGGUGCCCACUACCACCACUUGGCCUGGUGUGGCCCAUGUUCUGCUCAUCUGGAGCCCGAGCAAGGGCAAGGUGAUAGCUGCCGCCCCAUCUCUUGGUCUUUCUUACAGUAAAAGCCUGAAUCCCAGACAAGGAGAUAACUGGGACUUUCGGACCCUGCUGCGAGGCCUUCCUGGGUUCCUGUCCCCCAGGGAGCCAUUGGCUGUCCACACCUGGGCCCCAUCUUCCCAUGGCUUAUUAUUGCUUGACUUCAAAGGCAAGGUGAGCCUAGUACAGUGCCAUGGUGGGACUCGAACUGUGGGAACCCUACAGGAGGCCCCUGUAGGCCCAGAGGGGUCUGCAGCCCUGGGAACAUUUCAUGGCACGUUAGCCUGUGUCCUGGGCUCCACGUUGGAACUACUGGACAUGAGCAGUGGGCAGCUGUUGGAAAGGAAGGUCCUGAGUACAGACCGAGUACAUCUGCUGGAACCUCCAGCCCCUGGCAUGAAGAAUGAGGAAGAGUUGGAGACCCGGGGAACUCUCUGUUUGCUUUCAGCCUUGGGGCUCUUUUGUGUGGGCUGGGAAGCUCCCCAAGGCCUGGAGCUACCCUCGGACAAGGAUAUAGUGUUUGAGGAGGCCUGUGGCUACUACCAGCGACGGAGCCUGCGAGGUACCCAGCUUACCCCAGAAGAACUGAGACACAACAGCACAUUUCGGGCGCCUCAGGCCUUGGCCUCCAUCCUUCAGGGCCACCUGCCUCCGUCUACACUGUUGGCGAUGCUGAGGGCCGAGCUUCGCGAUUACCGCGGUUUAGAGCGCCUCAAGGCCCAGCUGGUGGCUGGGGACGAGGAGGAGGCUGGCUGGACGGAGUUAGCAGAGCACGAGGUGGCACGCCUGCUGAGGACCCAGUUGACCGGGGACCAGCUGGCCCAAUUCAACACCAUUUUCCAAGCCCUUCCUGCAGCAGCUUGGAGUGCCACCCUCCAGGCCCUGCAGCUCCAGCCGGAUAGGACUGGCAGGCUGAGGUCCCAAGCACCCCCCGAUGUAUGGAAGAAGGUCCUGAGGGGUCCAGCAGCUGGGAAGGAGCACCCCAAUGGAAUAUUGCCUCCCUUUGAACUCCUGUGUCGAUGUCUCUGCCAGCUGGAGCCCCAGUGGCUCCCCCCAUUUGUGGAACUGGCACAGCAGCAGGGUGGGCCAGGCUGGGGGGCCGAGGGCCCCAGUCUGCCCCUUUAUCGGCGAGCCCUAGCGGUGCUGGGUGAGGAAGGGAAGAGACCUGAGGCCCUGGAACUAGAGCUGCUCCUGGGCAGUGGGCGGCCCAAGGCUGUGCUGCACGCUGUGAGGCAGCUAAUAGAGAAGGAACAGUGGGAAAGGGCCCUGGAGGCCGGCCUGGCCCUUGACUCCUCCAGCCCCUUGCUUCGAAGUGAGAUCUUUAAGCUCCUGCUGGCGGAGUUUGCCCAGCACCGCCGCCUCGACGCUCACCUCCCCCUCCUUUGCCGCCUGUGCCCACCAGAUGUGGCUCCUGAUGAGCUCCUGCUCUUACUGAGGACACAUCUCCCAGAUGAUGUGGGAACCUCCAACCCUUUCCCUGAGCCUGGGGCAGAGCCCCCUCUCACGGUGGGCUUGGUCAGAGCCCUCCUAGAACAGACUGGGGCUCAAGGACGGCCCUCUGGCCCAGUUCAAAGCAAAUACGAGGACAUCCUAUGGGAUCCGGGCACUCCACCCCCUACCCCACCUCGUGGACCUGUUGCUACUCUGCAGGCAUCGGAGCACCCAGGACCCGAAGCAUGGGCACCAUCUGGACAGGGGCUCUGUGCAACUGACAUGGGAGGUCAUUUGUAGACCACAGGGAUGGGGAAGGGUGCCGAGGGCUGGAGAGGACAGAAGUGGAAUUUUCGUGUGCAAUACUGUCUGUUGUGGAAGAAUUUUUAAAAUAUAUGCAGAUACCAAAUAUAUUCACAGUUCUU